AUGUUAAUAAAAGCAAAUGGAAAUAUAUUUAUUUUGCUAUCAAAAAAUAUUGUGUUUAAAUUCAUUUGGGAUUCCAAGUUGCGAAUUCUUAUGUACAGAAUUAUAUUGUUAUUGAUUAAAUCAUCAAACUUAUAUAAUGAUAACAAUAGUUCGCUUUUUAUUAAUCUGACACAUUAUUGUUUCAAUAAUGAUUUUCAUUUUCUUAUGCAUACACCUCUUUUCUUUGUAAAUUGA